GCCCCUCUAACACGCUUUCGCGCCGACGCCCAGCACAACCCGUCUCCUCUAGCAGCCGAAUACUACGCCCAGCGAAGCUGUAUUCCAGGUACAUUGCUAGUAACAGAAGCAAUUUUCAUUUCGCCCUCCGCAGGCGGCUACGCUUCCAUCCCCGGCAUCUGGUCCGCUAGCCAGAUCGCCGGGUGGAAGACCAUCGUCGACGCCGUGCAUGCCAAGGGAGGUGUGCUGUUUGCGCAGCUGUGGAGUCUUGGGCGGGUUGCGAAGGGCGAUGUGUUGAAAGCGGAGGGAGCAGGCGAGGUCCAUUCGGCGAGUGCGAUUGCGGUGGAUGCCGGGCAGACGAAUGUAGGCGAGGGGAUGAGUGUGCCGAAAGCCAUGACGGUGGAGGAGAUCAAGGCGAGGGUGGAGGAGUAUGCGCAAGCGACGAGGAACGCGAUGGAAGCGGGUUUUGAUGGGGUGGAGAUUCAUGGUGCAAAUGGCUACCUUAUCGAUCAAUUCUUCCAAUCCGUUUCCAACGUGCGCACAGACGUCUACGGCGGCUCCAUCGAAUCCCGCUCUCAUUUCGGGCUAGAAGUCACCCGCGCCUGCAUAGCUGCCUGCAAUGGUGACUCUUCCCGUGUGGCAAUCCGGCUCUCGCCCUUUGGUCGUUUCCAAGGAAUGGGAAUGGAUGAUCCGGUACCGCAAUUCGACUACAUCGUCCAGGAAAUGCGGAAAUUGGACCUGGCGUAUCUACAUCUGAUCGAAAGUCGAGAGUCUGGCAGCGCGGCGGAUGGAGUAUAUUUCUCCACUGGUACGACGGAGUUAGCGCCUUUCAUUGAGACAUGGGGUGCGGAGAAGCCGAUUAUUUUGGCCGGGGGCAUGGACCCGCAGAAGGCGAAGUGGGUGGUUGAGGAGGUGGCUACAGGGAAUAAUGUCCUACUUGGAUGGGGCCGCUAUUUCAUUUCGACACCAGAUUUGGCCUACAGGUUGAAGCAUGGGCUGGAGCUGAACAAGCGGAAGACGUUUUACUCAGCCGGCGAAAAAGGACUGCUGGACUAUCCAUUCAGCGAGGAGUUCCUUCAAGCGCAGAAAGAAGGCAAGGGUUUUGGCUUUGACGCAGAGGGAAAAGCGAGUCGACUAUGA